CCAAGUUCCAGGCCUCGGUUAGUCGUGCGAGGUGCGAGGUUCGCGUAAGCUCGCGUGCUCGUCGUGCUCGUUGCCGCCACCUCCCUUGAGAAAGACAGACGGACAAACCUCUCAAUCCGCGCGGUAGAAGGUCGAUCCGUCUCGUCGAGACAAACGUCGUUCGCUCGUUUCCGGGUUUCAACAGAGAAGAUUAAGCCAAGGACGGGAGAUGACGAUGCCGGGGGACGAGCAGGACACGCAAUCGGAAUCCCGGUAUGCGAGAUAGUGGAGGACAAUCAUCUGACGAAUGAUAGCGGCGAGCAGUCAUCUCGGUGCGAUUAGCAGCUUAAUUGAUCAGGCUCUGCUUGUAAGAUUUAUCGGGUUAAGCAUUCGCAACAAUGGGUUGGGCUAUCACCGGUCUCGGAAUAGUUUUGGUCAUCGUCAUCGCUGCCGGCGCUACACUUGUCCUUUGCAGAAGAUAUUGUAUCGGAUGGCAAUUUGGCACGAGGAAUGUCUGGAGCGUCUGCGAGGAAUGGAGGCAGAGGCUUUCUUGGCUUUGGGCACCACGGGAGGAAAAGGUGGGACUGGUGAAGGCUCAGCAUCCGACCGCUCAGACAAUACCAGGCCUAUAUCGCCAAACUGGGAAUACCUCUCAACAUCUCCUGCAUAGCGAUAGCGACCUCCGGCUAGAUGCGCAAGGCGCCUUUACCAGAUUUGAGGCUGUCGACAGGGAUUUACAUCCGCCCCUCGGCGGCAGCACGAUACCGCCACAACCGCUUCGACCAGCUCCUCAACCACGACCGACCGCUCGUCCGAGGCCGUCGCCACUUCAGACGCCGAGUACCGUCGACUACCUGAAGAUGCAUGAGGCUGGUCCGGGUCCGCUGACGCCGCCGCCGUCGUUGCAGAGAGGAUCGAUACGAUCGAGAGCCACCGGUCCGUCCGUGUUUCUCUUUCAGAGCGAACCGAAGAAUCACCACGGCUCCUUUCCGCCGUCGAUCGAACAUUCCGCCUUCUUGUUCGACGAUCCGAAAACAAUAGCAGAAAACAUUCAGAUGACGCCUUAUACCGAACAGAACCAUAUGGAUUCUAGAUCUACCAGACAAUUUGAGCAUCCUUCCAAAGACUCGAUACGGCUUAGGUAUGGGAUGAACCAUUCCUUAGACAGCCGUUUGGACAGCGAGGAUGUCAAUCGAAAUUAUGGCGACUACGAAAUUGUCCAGAGGAAUCAUGCCGUGCGGUCGUACGCGAGGAAUGACUCGAGAGGAGUAUCGAAUAGCUUGAGCAGCGCGACGAAUUCGUCAAACGCAGCCAGUCAGAUGAUCAUGGAAUCGAUAUACGGACCUCAAACCGUGUCCAAGAUGCUUCAGAACAGUGACGAGUUAAACGGCGAUCACAAUCGGAAAAACAGCGACACGCAAAAUAUCGAGAUGACUCCAUUCAAGAGUACCGUUUCCGAUCAGCAGGAGGUUGUCGAUCCGUAUAUUUUUCAUGGCGCUUUAUCCAAGUCGCAAGACUUCCAACGUGUCUCGCAGUAUAUUCAGAGUCUUCCCGAUUUUCCCGUCUACGAACCCGUGAACGAACUCCAAGCCUAUUCGAAUCGGGAGUCGAUAUUGUUCGCGAACGCGAUUCAGGGAUCGAUCGAAGACGAGACGAAGAUCACGAGUGAAUCGGCUUCGAGUCCGAUACCGCCGCCACCUGCGCCACCAGAUCCACCUCAAGAUAUCCCUAAGAAGAAUAGCCCGACUACUGGCGAGAGAAUAUUCAGCGCGCUCAGAUCUGUCACCACGCAGAGUUACAUAGAUGCUUCGGAGUUUUAUAAUUCGGUGCUUUCCUCGGCGCAACAAAUACAGCGACUUACGUUUCCACCGUUCGGAAAUGAUAACACCGGAGACAAUUCACAAGACGCUGAAUACUUGCAAGAUAUGCGGGAUAUUUAUGCAGAAACCGAUCCAGAUGUGACCGGUCCGGAUGAUUCGAGACGGAGUUCCGAUCUUUAUAGUCCUGAACUAAAUUUGGAAGCUCACAGAACAGCGCAAGAAGUAUACAAUAGUUUACAGGAUCCACCGUCGUCUCCUUUGUUGGUUAAAGAGAACAAUCAUGAGCCUUAUAUUUAUUUAUCAGAUCCGAGUUUUACUCGAACGUCAGAGGAUAUUUUCAAUAGCCUCGAACAACGACGUAAAAGUAUAGAGAGACUAAACGGCAUUCACGAAUAUGUAGAAUUUGAUGUAGCCGAUCCAUCGAGGAGACGGAAUAGCCAAGAACUCUACGUCUUAGAAGAGGUGCAAUCCAAGAGACGACUUUCACAAAAUCUGGAGGAGUCGUAUUUGGGUUACGCGAUGAACGAUUACACUAGAUUGGGAAAUCGUCGAGGUUCACUCGGUCCCGAGCCGGAACCACCACCCGACGAAUCUACCUUAAAAAGAGCGAUCAGCUGCGAGAGCGUAUGUUCUGACACUAGCGUGAAUCUGAACGAUCUCGAAGAAGCACCCAUUGUAGGCCAUAUCUGCGUUGGACUCGAACAUGAGAGGUGGGGUGGUCGUGGAAGCGACUGCGAGGGUGAUUUGGUCGUGAGCAUUCUGGAAGCCAGGGAUCUCGUUGCCGUCGACGAUACUCCAGCACAAGAUACUUUUGUUAGAGUAUGUCUUUUACCUGACAGGCAAACCCACGUACAAACGAGAAUUUAUAGGGGAUGUCCAUCGCCUAGUUAUCAAGAGAAAUUUCUAUUUCCCCUCGAUGGCGGUCCGACAGGCAAAACACUUCUCGUUGAGGUGUUUUCUGAUGAAUCUAGCAUCGGUGGCGGCGCAUCGUUAAUUGGUGAAGCCAGUUUAAAACUCGGACCUGUAGGGAGGCCACCAGCUACAACGUGGCUAUCGCUCAGUGGACCUGCCUUACCCACUCCACAUCUAGGAGAGCUGCUGUUCUCUCUCAGUUACUUGCCAACGGCAGAGAGACUCACUCUCGUAGUAGUUAAAGCUCGCAAUUUGCGCGGCGCGAAUUCAACUCCAGGUGAUUUCUUCGUUAAGGUAUACCUACUUCAACAAGGGAAAAAGAUACAUAAAAAGAAAACGUCCGUAAAGAAAGGCGAGAAAAGUCCAAUCUUCAACGAAGCGAUAAUAUUUAGCAUGCCAGCGCACGCUUUACAGACUAUACAGCUGAGAUUGACGGUGGCGGAAUUGAAUGGCGACCAAAAUAGUACGAGUCCAAAGGCGUAUUCUGUCGGCCACAUCAUCAUAGGAUCUACCUCGACGGGAAAAGCGCUGGCGCAUUGGAGACAAAUGUUGGCGGCCUUGCGGCGUCCGGUCGCCAUGUGGCAUCCUCUCAGAAAGUAG